AUGUCAGGUCGACAGCUCUCCUGGCUGCUGAAUGAGGGUGUGUUUCGGCUAAUAUCAACAGUUGAACCGGUGAACGUAUCACAGAGGGACAGGACUAAAUGGUGUGUGAUAGCAUGUAGCAUUCUCCGACCGCUGCUGAGGAAUGAUGAGAGGAGAGCAGAGGAGAGGAGCAGACUGAGCUGUGCAGAUUUACCUCAGAGCAGUUUAACACACGGACAGAGCAGAGACCUGCUGCGAUGCAACGACAACUCUGAAAACAGCUCCACCAUCAAGUACAGAAGAUACGGGUCUCGUCUGGGUGGGGUCAAAGUUCGCCACAAGCGACAGGUGCUGCAGGACAUGGCUCGACCCCUGAAACAUUGGCUGUACAAACAUCGAGAUAACCCCUACCCCACCAAGACAGAGAAGGUGCUGCUGGCCCUGGGCUCACACAUGACGCUGGUGCAGGUGUCAAACUGGUUUGCAAAUGCACGACGGAGGCUGAAGAACACCGUGAGACAGCCAGACCUAAGCUGGGCACUGAGGAUCAAACUUUACAAUCAAUACAUCCAGGGAAACGCUGAGAGACUGAGCGUGUGCAGUGAUGAAACACACUCAGAAGAUGAAGAGUGUCCUUCACAAGCUCCCAUCAGCCAAUCAGAGUUUGGCAGGUCGUCUUCCCACAAGGGUGCGCUCCAAAAACCGGGCAGCGUCCUCGCCAUGGCAGACUCGGCCAACAGUGAUGACAGCGCAUCGCCUCCAUCCAAGUACAAGAGCAGCUUACUGAACCGGUACCUGAAUGACAGCUUGCGACACAUGAUGGCAGCAAAGACUGACUGCGUCACCUCGGCCUGCAGGGGGAGGAGCCACUCCGAGUCGUUCAGCUCCAACGAAUGUGACCGAGAUGUUGUUUCUCCCGCGUCUUCGUACGAAACGGAGGCCAACUUUGUCUACCACAUGGAUACAAUGGACUAUUCUUCAACUAGAUGUGACAGUGUUCAGCAGCAAGAGCGAGUUCAGCAGAGACGGGCUGAUCAGGGCUGGAGGGAGAUCCACGCCGCCGUUGCUCUGACCAACUUGGCCCAGGGUCAGAGCUGCACAGCGGACCAGACCUGUGUAACCGUGCCAAACGCUGUCAUGGGGCAGAGCUGCACCAGAGAGCCUUUCUCAUUUACCAGGACCACUAUCAGAGACAGCUCAUGUGUCACAGGUCCCACGGCUGCUCUGACGCAGAGCUACACCACUGGGCCCGCUCUCACCAGCCGCAUCAUCCAGAAGUCCUCUCACAUCUCUGAGGUCCAGACCAUAAACGUGGCCCUGCCUAACAGCGUUAAGUUAUAUUAACUUCAUGAGACUGGAUCAUCAUCCAAUGCUAAAGUUGAC